GCCGUGUGCCAUUGGCUCGAAGUAUUUGAGGUGGGCGGGAGCAAACUUCGUGGCACUGUCGGGGGCGGGGCUGCAAGGUCCGACAGGAAAAACUGAAGAAAGAUGGCUGCAAUCAGGAAGAAACUAGUGAUAGUUGGUGAUGGAGCGUGUGGCAAGACCUGUCUCCUCAUAGUGUUCAGCAAAGAUCAGUUCCCAGAGGUUUAUGUGCCCACAGUGUUUGAAAACUAUGUGGCAGAUAUUGAGGUGGAUGGGAAACAGGUGGAGCUGGCUCUUUGGGACACAGCAGGACAGGAGGACUAUGAUCGCCUGAGACCUCUCUCCUAUCCAGACACAGAUGUGAUCCUAAUGUGUUUCUCCAUCGACAGUCCUGACAGCUUGGAGAAUAUUCCGGAGAAGUGGACUCCAGAGGUCAAGCACUUCUGUCCCAAUGUGCCCAUUAUUCUUGUGGGAAACAAGAAAGACCUGCGAAACGAUGAUCACACACGUCGAGAGUUAGCCAAGAUGAAGCAGGAACCAGUGAAGUCAGAAGAGGCGAGGGACAUGGCUAACCGGAUCAAUGCCUUUGGUUACUUAGAGUGCUCAGCCAAGACCAAGGAUGGUGUGAGGGAGGUGUUUGAGAUGGCCACCAGGGCGGCGCUACAGGCCAAGAGACGAGGCAAGAAGAGCGGCUGCGUUGUGCUUUAGAGUAUCUGUUCACGCAGGAUUGGGAGGGAAGGGAGGGGGGGAAUAAACCAAGCCAAGAAAAACACCCCUCGUCUGUGUAUGCUCUGUCACCGAGGUGGGCACAGCUGAAGGGGGCGUUACAGGGAUGAGGGAGAAAAGUCAAACCAGGCCAAAGGGGGGAAAAAAGGAAAAUCGAGUAUAUACAUUUAAGUCCAAGGCUAUAGCAUUUAGCUUUCAAAUAAAACCAUACUGUAAUCUUGUGUUUAGGAUACAUUAGACCUCAAAUUUAUAGAAUGUGAAGAGAAGGGAACAUGUCUGUCACUCAUACUUUGAAAAAGUGUGGGAGGGUCAGUACUGUUAGUCGGGUUUCCAGUUCUCUGAACUGAGUACGAUCAAGAGGAAGGGGGGUGGCGGUGCACCCACACGUGUGCCUGCUUUACUAACUGUUGGAAGACUUCCAUGGCUUGCAGUGUGACUGUGCUUGUCUUUCACUUUAUCGUUCUGUAAGUUUUCUUUCUCCUUUAUUUCCCUGUGAAAGCAGACCAACCUAACUCUAAAUGGACUUUUCUUUUUGGAGGGGAUGUUUCUGUUUUUUUGAACCUGUAGUAUUUGAUACAUCUUACAUUCAUUAAAAGAGCUGAGUUUGAUUAUUGGCAUUUGAGCAUAAAGACAUGAUGGUAACGAGACCAACUUAUUGGAGUGUUUUAUGUGAGCUUGUUAAUGAAAGUCAGAAAAUUGUAUGUGAUUGACUUGAUGUGGACUGUCAAACACACUGUAUACAGUUGGGUAUUAAAGAGUUGACAAAAUUAUGUUAUCCUCUAGAGGGUUACUGUAAAUUCUCAAGUAUUCUUCAGGCUUUGAGGGUCCAGUGUGUAGGAUUUAGUGCCACCUAGCAGUGAAGUUCCAGAUUGCAUCCAAAUGAAUACUCUCCCAUGCCUCACCCUGCCCUUCCAAGCAUGGAGGAGAAACGGUGGCUGCCAAAUUCACAUCAAAGCAAAAAGUCGGUUUGGUUUGUCUGCUCAGGGCUAUUGUAGUAAAAAUGACAGACUACAUGGACGAGGACCCGCUCUCUCUCUGUAGAUAUAGAGGGCUCAUUUUAAGGCAACAAAAACACAAUGAAAAUAUACUUAGGAAUGUUAUAUUCAAUUCCUGCCAAUAGAUUCUCCUAAAUCUUACACACUGGACCUUUUUAAUUUACCACAACUACAGAGAGGAGCACACCUUAAUGUAAAACAGGGCUAUAUUAGAGACGGUUUAAGUUGUUUAAGCGUAUGUCAUUAUAUUUUAACCUCCAUGUCUUUUGAUCUGCUCCUGUUCUAAUUGAUGCAAGCUCACAGUUAACCUGUUCUCUUAAUAAAUUCAAUACAGUUUACAUUUCUACAGGACUAUCUCCAUCAAUAAUGAAACAAUGUCUAACAUGAAUACGUUUUUCACUCUCUGCUGGUAAUUUACUAUCAAUGAAACACAGAACACUUAAUGUAAAGAUAUGAAUUCUGUAUUAUUGUUUCAUUACCAGUAGGCUUUUAAUUUGAAACAUUGUCAGGAAGUGUUGAGUUGUGGUGUCCGAAACACAAUUAAAAAAAAUCUCAAGUGGAAAUUUAUGAAAAAUUAGUGAACAAAAAAGAUAUUGUGUAAGAGAAGUGAAGCAAUAUAUGAUGUUGUUGUUGUUCUGAUAGAACUGUGCUGUGGAAAUGUACAUGAUAUUGAAUUUUAGCAUGUGAGACAUUAUAUUACGAUGAAUCCACUCCCUCUGCAUUUUUAACCCAGCCAUUAUUUGUUGUUCGACAUUUCAACGCCAGCUUUUAUUUGAACAUUUACAGUCAAGCUGUAUGCCACGGUGUUUUGUUUCCACUUUCCAAGUUCACUCAUGAUGUCUACAACUAUUCUUCUUCUGCCAUUCUAUUGUAUUUUUAACUCUAUGUGAUAUUCUACUGGCUUACGUUGUAUUAUUUGCACACAUGUAAAAGGAAAAGGUCAGUGUGGUACACACUUUGAAAAAAAAAAAAGUCAAAUUAUGAAAUGCAAAAUGAAAGCAACUCCUAAAGUAUUGGUUAUUUGUAAGAGAAAUAUUCUUUUGUAUACAAAUGUAUCCUCACAUUUCUCCAGUCAUCUUUUUUAAUGUAUUCUAAAGGAAAUAAACUGUAACUGAUAAUGACCAAAUUCAA